GUUCCCAGCAGCUUUCCCAGAAGUACCAAGAGAGGCUUCUCGCAAGAAGAAGAGUUCACACAAGACAGAGUUUCGGAAUUUCAAAAUUGUAGUAUCUCCUGGAAAUGAAACACUGGAAACAACACCCAACACAAUACAACAACAAUCGGAUGGCAUAGCAAUUGAAACACCGGAAUCAACACCCAACACAAUACAACAACAAUCGGAUGGCAUAGCAAUUGAAACACCGGAAUCAACACCCAACACUAUACAGCAACAAUCGGAUAACAUAGCAAUUAAUGAUCAUGCUUCACCAAUUCGUUCGGGAAAUCAGGCAAUGCCAAUGUCGUGGUCUAAGAGUGUAUCGACUUUCCUGGAAGAAAUAAAGUCUCCAAAACACAGUGGAAGUGAUCAGGAUCCAUCUGAAGAUCAAGAAUCUGAUAGCGACAUCCGGACUAAUGAUCAACGCCGGAGAACUGGUCGAAUAAAGAUUAAAUGCCAUAAGAUAGAACACAAAAACGGAAGGGUAAAACGGACUGUCACCGUCAAAUUAAAUGAAUGUGAUGUUAUUGGGAGCGCCAUUAAUGAUACAAUUGAUGAGUUUUUAGAUGAGUUAGAUGAUAAUAAAUUCUCGAAAGAAUUUCAAUAUUUCAAACAAGAAGUUGAACUUCGUUUGAUUGAGCAGUCGGAUCUCGUUGAUGAGCAUAUGGCACUACGAUCCUCAUUGCAGAAAUCGAAAUUACGAAUAAGACAACUAAGAACAGAACUCUUGAAUGUGCAGCGUCACCAUGAUAAGGUGAAUUCCGAAUUACAUAAGGAGAGAAGUACAUUUAGAAUGGAUGAAGAAAAUAGGAAGAAAUUAGAACAAGUACACACUUUUUUAUCUGAUCUCGAGUUACUGCGUAUAUCCGUUAUGUCUCGAGACAAUGCUCGAAAUGAAGAGUGCGAAAUUUUGGAUGGUUUUGAAGGUCUUUUGACUUCCGUAGCGUCUCGAUGCUGUGAUAUACCAAAUUCAGACACAGAUGUUGGAAAUUUGGGGGUUUUACGUCGGUUCAAUUCAUUGUUAGAAAACUGCGAACAUGUU